AUGACGAGAACCGGCCCUACAAUUAAUCCUAUCUCGUGGGACACCAAGCCUAUUGUCCCGGAUAAUGGCAGCAGAAUUGACUCGGUCGCGUGUCAAGAUGCGAGGCCAAAAGGGCGCAUCCGACGAUCAAUGACUGCUUGUAAUACCUGCCGCAAGCUGAAGACUCGCUGUGAUGUCGAUCCCCGUGGUCAUUCUUGUCGUCGCUGUUUGUCACUUAGGCUGGAUUGCGAGCUCCCGGAGACAACAGAGCGGUUCCAGGACAAUGCAUCAACCUGGUCUGACGCCACCGCUAUACCAUCGAUCGAGGAACGGCUUGUCUCUCUCGAACGAGGCAUGGGGGAGAUGAUCCAUCUGAUGCGGCAGAUGGUGAACCGCUCCCCCAGCAUGCCCUGCAGCCCCACCUUACAAACUAGAAACCACAGCAUAGAUGGAAUAUCUUCAAGCGAUAGCAUGUCCUCAUCUUUCCAUCCGCUCAAGCCAGCGCAACUUAUUCGAGACCUGCAAGCCGAGUGCUUCGGCGAGAGAGAUCAAUUAUCAGAUGCCGACAUCCUCGGAGACAUCGUCACCCAGGGCAUCGUAGAUUCCAAGCUUUCCAUGAAAUUGAUUGAACUUUUUGUCGAAUAUUUCGGCCAUUGGGUCUCAAUAAAUCAUUCGUCUAGCAUUCAACGGUCAAAUACACUCCUUUUCAACACUGCAUGUCUCUUGGCUUCGCGUUAUCUGCCUGGUCUACCACAACACACUGUCCGCGAUAUCUCACUUUGUGUACAACAUGCCGUGGCGAAGGUGCUGUGGAAGCCCCCGCCCAUGACGAGCGAUAUGCUACAGGCGUUGACAUUGCUCUGUCUAUACUCCACUUCCAUCCACAAAGAAGGACUGAUGGACGACUGGUUGCUGAGCGGGAUCUCAAUCAACCAUGCGCUCAUCUCAUUUAACUUCCUGAAUACCUUGCCAGGAGACCGUUUAAACCCAGACGAGCUACUUGCCCAGUUGCGUCUGUGGAAUACACUUUGCGCAACCCAGCUACACUCCGCCCUCGCAAACGGCCGCACCGUCAAUAUCCAACAACAAUACAUCGACCAAUGCCCCCGAAUCCUAGAAUAUGCAGCCACCACACCAGAAGACGGAAGAAUUGUCGCAGAAAUCCAACUAUACCGCAUCGCCCUCCGACUUCAACACAACCAGCACCGCCUCCGAUUCGCAGAACCCGAAUACGAAGAACUGGAGCGCUGGAAAUUGGAAUGGGCACAUCUUCUAAGUACAGCAGCCCUACUAUAUGCACAUCAAAUCCAAUCUCAAUCUAACAACACCCCUACAGCCACCAGCGAAGACUCAACGCUCAACCUAAGUCUCUGGUUCUGCCAACUCCUCCUCCACCGAACAGUCGCCCGCCUCCAACCAGACAGCGAGCGCCUCGUCCCAGAAAUAUGCGGCACCGCCCGCCUAAUAAUAACCCAAUUCCUCCAAACGCGCUUCACCUCCGCACCCGCAUUAAUCGACCACGUCUACUUCAUCGUCGGCUACGCCGCGCUCACGCUCUGCGACUACACGCUCACCGACCCGCUAAUCAGCCAAGUCCGCGGCUUCCUUCUGCACCUCGCCCCAGGCGGCGACAACCUCUCCUACCGGAUCGCGUGUAUUGUCGGCGAAGUGCAGCGGCGGUACUCGGAGGCGAGUGUUGUUACUGCGGGGUCGCAUUCGUCGUCGCCGGUUGCGGAGGUCAAGAGCAUGCAGAUGUUCGGUCCGUCGAGCCAUCAUCGUACCGGCAUGGAUAUCUCGCAGCUUAUGUCUAGCUCUGAGGGCUUAGAUUCCCUCGUUGAGGGGUAUAACUGUCUCGAGCAGAUGAUGCCUGGGUAUGCGGCUUCACAGCCUGCGUUUGAGGCUCCGGAUUUGUUUCAUCAUUCUCCUCCGACUGGUGUGACUGGUGGGGCUAUGCCUAUUGGUCUGGUGCCGAGGGCAUUGCAUGAUUGGUGA